UGCACCGGCAGACGUCGCAGAAGUCCCACCGCAGCGCGGGCUCCUACGUCAUCGGCGCUCCACCACUGCCUCAGGUGCCGUCCGUGUCCAGAGUUCGCGAGCAGCCCUCUCUGCCGUGUUGGUAACCAGUAGCCGUCCUUGGUUGUUGGGCCAUGGUGUGGUGGUCGUGGUUGUUGGCGCAGCUGGCGGUGUGGUGGUGCGCCGGCGUGGCGGCGGUACUGUGGUGGCUAUGGGUCACCAGACCCCGCGUGGACGUUCCAGGGCCGCCCACGCUGCCCAUCAUCGGCAACAUUCUGGAAUUCCGCGAGGUUCCGGUGACCCUACGGAAGUUUCGAGAACUCCACCACCGGUAUGGAGACUUGAUUAGGUUCUACCUGGGUCCAGUUCUGGUGGUGGUUGUGGCGCACCCGGACGAUGUGCAGCAGACCCUGCUGACGUCCAAGAUGGUGGACCGCGACCCCUUCACCACGCACGCCAUGCGGGUCUUCGCCGGCGAUGGGAUACUCUCCAGCAGUGGUGACCGGUGGAAGACACACCGGAAACACGUCAGCCACACGUUCCGCUCUGAGCUGCUGGAGGGCUACCUACAGGCGUUCCACGAGGGCGGCCUCCUCCUGAGCGAACGCCUGGCCAGGACCAGAGGCGCUGUCACCCUGCUCUACCCUCCAGUGCUUCUGGCAGCCGUCCGGAACGUUUUAAGUACCAUCAUCGGCAUCGACCCAGACCUGCUGAUACCAGAUGCCUUGGCAGAGGAGGAGCUGUCUGCCGCCAUGAGCGAUGCCAUGGCCACCAUCCAGAUGAUGAUAGUGCGGCCGUGGCUGCAGAACAAGUUCCUGCUGAAGAUGACUUCCAAGGGUCGUGGCCUGUUCAAGUACACGCAGCUGCUGCAAGACUGGGCCAUGAAGUGCAUCGCCACGGCGUCGACGACCACGGACGAGGAACCUGCCACAAAGCGCCUGAACCUGACCGAAUCUCUUGUAAGAACGGGUGGGCAGACCGUGAUGCCACUCAGCGAGGCUCGGGAUGUGAUCAUGAACGUGAUAGUGGCCGGCAGCGAGGCCAUGUCCGUGUCCAUCAGCUUCGUGCUGGCAGUGCUGUCGCUACAGCCGGAGUGGCAGGAUGCGGUCCACCAGGAGCUGAGGGCCGUCUUUGGCGAGGGCGACGAGUACCUGCGCCCGGCCAGCCUCGCAGACCUGACCGACCUCAGGGUGCUGGAGAGCGUCAUCAAGGAGACACUACGACUGUUCCCGGCGGUCCCGCUGAUCCCUCGGGUGGCCUCGGAGGACCUCUGGCUGUCCAAGGGUCAGGUCCUGGUCCCUAAGGGCACCCUGCUCUUCCUGACGUCCUUCCUCACACACCGCCUGCCGGAAUUCUUUCCGGACCCACUGAGGUUCGACCCUUCGCGCUUCCUCGAGGGCUGCGGAGGAAAGGAGCACGCGUGCAGCUACCUACCAUUUGGGAUGGGCCCGCGCAACUGCGUGGGCUACCAGUAUGCCCGCCUGGAGCUGAAGGCCAUGCUGGCAGAUGUCCUGAGGCGCUUCCGCUUCCUGCCACACACCACCUGGGAGGACCUGGAAGGCGGCACGCUCUCUGUCACCCAGCACCCCGUCAAGCCGAUCAGAGUUUCCUGCGUGCCUCUGGAGGGACCUGUCGCAUGUGAAUAGUAUCCUUCAUACUGAUCGAACCAAGCUCUUCCUGACCAGUAUCCUGAGGCACUACUCCCCCCUGCUGCACAGCUUUGAGGAUAUGAACGACGAUGCACUCCCUGUCACCCUACACAAUGUCAGUCUAAUAAGCUACUGCUUCCAUACCUCUGAAUGCCAUAGCAUGUAAGAGCACCCUCAACACAAUUUUGAUCAAGGCACACAUAUGUUAAGGAUGUUACCUACCAGUCGGCAUUGAUUUAUAUCAUUAGGGCAAGUCUGACCUAAGUUUCUGGGAUGCAAUGGCUACUACGCCAUACAAGUGAUAUAAAUCAACGCUCUGGUAGACAAUGGCUUUAAUUUCUUUGUGUCUUGAGUCAUAGUGUCUCCAGGAUCAACAUGGUGUCUGUUUCUUCAGAGACGUCUGAAAAAACAGACACCACAUAUACAAUUCUGGCAAUGACGGCCAAUGAUCCUUUCAGCGCAGAUGCACACCAAGUGGGUAUUCUUAUGGGAAUCAGCGAGGUGCCAUGAGUAAUGAGGCUAAUGAGCAAGGGCGUGGGGUAAGUUGAGAAUUUGGGGCUGAUGGGAAACGUGCUACGUUAGUCUGUGUAGUUGUUCUGACCACUCUGUCUGGAUGGUAUAGUGGGCAGCCCGUCCGCCUAGGUUUCAAUCCCAGUCCAGCACUAAUUUUGUACUUGCCCGUUGAUAUAAUUCAAUGGGCACUGAUAGCUAAUGUCUAUAAUUCCUUGGCGCCUUGAUUCAAAUUGGCUGCAGGAUCGAAAUGGCCUCUGUUCUUUUGGACAAGUCCGAAAGAAGAGACACCACGCACUGGUCGACAUUCCAAUGUGGUUUCCAUUCCUGCAACAUAUGUUUUGGGAGAAUCUGGUGGUCAAGAAGCCGAACAUGAUCUUCCAAGCGUACCUGCAUGAGUCCAGCACAUAGUACCACCUUCCACACUGCUAGAGCUGGAAGUUAUGCUGACAAAGAUCCUGAGAAGUUUCCAAACUUACCUCACUGCUGCCAGAACAACCUGGAGUUCAAUGGCCUAUCUUCAGCUUACACACCAUCUGCCUAAUCAGUGUGUCCGUGUUACUGUCUCCAACAGUCCACGUCUAGUAUUAGCCACCACAGUUGGACCC